CCGCGAUGGGACGUUCACAACGCAGCGCAGCGGCGACAGCCACCUCCUGGACCUUCGCCCUGUGGGCGUUGUGGGCGUUGGCGGUGCCGGCGCGCGCCCUCAUCGACUCCCCGCGCCUCAUCGGCGCCCGCGCCUACGACGCGCCGCUCACCUCCACCGCGCCCUCGCCCUACACCAACGGCGCGGCGGACGCCGACCUCGAGGACCCCGUCGUCACCAUCAGCAAGGGCACGCUGCGCGGCUCGCUGCUGCAGUCGCGCCUCGGCCGCCUCAUCUACGCCUUCCGGGGCAUCCGCUACGUGCAGGCGCCCGUCGGGCCCCUGCGCUUCCAGCCCCCGCAGCCCUACCCUGCGUGGGAAGGAGUGUUCAACGCCACCGAGGACGGCCCCGCCUGCCCGCAGGAGAACGGCUACUCUUUCCCCACCAACGAGGACUGCCUCUUCCUGAACGUGUACACCACGCAGCUGCCCACCGCCCGCACCAACCCCAAGCGACCCGUGUUCCUCUACAUCCACAUGGGUGGAUGGUACGGCAACAACGCUCGCAGUGACAACCACGGACCUCAGUACUUGGCUGACCAGGACCUCGUGAUCGUCACCUUCAACUACCGUCUGGGAGCCCUGGGCUUCAUCUCCACUGGUGAUGACGUGCUCACUGGCAACUACGCCAUGAAGGAUCAGGUCGCCGCCAUGCGCUGGGUGCAGGAGAACAUCGAGGCCUUCGGCGGAGACCCCAACCGCGUCACGCUGGCCGGCUACAGCGCAGGCGCCGCCGCCGUCUGGUUCCACUUGGCCUCCCCCAUGUCCCGCGGCCUCUUCCAGCAGGCCAUGGCCCUCAGCGCUUCCAUCAACGCCCAGUACGAUCUCACCGAGGACGUUCGCAACCCCCUGGAGCUGGCGCGUCGCCAGGCUCAGGUGGCCGGCUGCACCGAGGUGGGCACCUCCCAGCAGAUCAAGGACUGCCUCAUGGAGCUGCCCGCGCAGCAGAUCAGCGGCGUGCUCGCUGCUGGAGAGCUCUUCGACUGGGGCAUCGACCCCGUGCUCAUCUGGUACCCCGUGGUGGAGAAGGACACCCCCGGCGAGGAGCACUUCCUCACGCAGAACGUGCAGGACAUCUUCCUGUCGGGCAACUUCACGCAGGUGCCCUGGAUCACCGGCCGCACCCGCGACGAGUUCGACUGGCGCGCCUCCACUGUCUUCAAUGAUGAUUCCCUCCGCACUGAUAUGAACGAACAUUGGGACGCUGUGGCACCCAAGGCUUUCAUGUACGUUACCCACGAAAACAGCGACUACAUCAGCGACCAACUGCGCGAGUUCUACAUUCACAACGGCGAUGUUACUGCUGAGAAUGUUGAUCCUCUGGGCAAGCUGUACUCCGACUCCAUCAUCGGCUUCGGCGAGGACCGCGCUGUUAAGACCGUGGCCUCCCUUAGCAAGGCUCCCGUCUGGUACUACAACUUCGAAUACCAGGGCCGCUACAGCUACCAGUACCGUGGCAACACCAGCAUUCCCUAUGGUGUCAUGCACCAGGACGACGUGAUGUACUUCUUCUACCUGGCCGCCGUGUUCCCGUACUUCGACUCCUCCGCGCCCGAGAACUGGGCCAUCGACCGCCUGACCAAGCUGUGGGGCAACUUCGUCAUCCACGGCCACCCCACGCCCGAGGCCGACCCGCUGCUCGACAACGUCAUCUGGGAGCCCUUCACCGUUGAGAACCUCAACUACCUCAACUUCGCCAACUCCACGCUCGACCUCCGCCAGGGCCUGUUCCAGGACCGCAUGGACACGUGGUCGAGGCUCUUCCCGGAGGGGGCGCCGCCCUCCGCAUAAGCCAUCGCGAUUAGGUUGUAGAUCUGGGCCGCGGGGCGCACCACCUUGCCUCGCAGGCGGGCAGCUUCCUCGACCGCCGCUCGGGGACGCCGGCGCCACUGUAUGCGCCGGCGCUGCCUUUAUGUAAUAAACUGUUGAGCAAC